AUGGUGUCACCAAAUAGAGCUCAGGAGGACCAGUUCCCUAAUCUGGCCAGACAAGGGUCCUUGUAUAAUCUAACCUUUGAUCAGCUGGGACACGUAGGAAAGCCUUUGAAUGCUAUGAAGUUAGAUGAAUUGUUGAAAAACGUGAUUUCUCUUGAGGAAGGUCAGUUGCUGCAUAAUGUUAACCAUUCUUCUUCUUCUUCCUCUUCCUCUUCCGUUUCUGCUUCUGUUCCUUUUUUUCUUGGGAAUUUCGACUUGAACGGAAGGUUGACUGAGAAAACGGUGGAUGAGGAUGUUUGGAAGGACAUUGUCCAUCAAGAACAUGUCAAUGCAAAGGAAAAAGAAUCAAGAAUUCAGCAGCAAAUCGGAGAAACUACGCUAGAGGAUUUCCUGGUUCGCACCGGAGUGAUCAAUAUAGAGAAUCAAAAUGCGCUUAAUCCUCAGCCAAUUAUGGCGAUUGAUCCAAUGGUUGUGGUAUCACAGCAGGCAGAUUGGCUGCAGCUUCAAAUGGCAGCUGUGCAGAGACAGCAACAGCAGCAGAUGACAGUAUUGGAUUCGAAUUUUCAAGUAUCUGAGCCAUCAGUUUUUGAGAACCCAGUUAUUGAUGUUGGAUACUCAGAGAACCAACUGGGAAUGACCAUGCAAGCGCCAGCAAUGUCAGCUACAUCUUCAGAGUCUCAGGCAGCUGCUGAAAAGAAGCGACGAUAUUCUAAUGAGAUGAUGGAGAAGACCAUUGAGAGGAGGCAGAAGAGGAUGAUUAAGAAUCGUGAGUCAGCUGCAAGGUCAAGAGCAAGGAAGCAGGCUUAUACUAACAAGUUGGAGCAUGAAGUGUUUCACUUGAGGAAAGCAAAUGCCUGGCUCAAGAAGCUGAAGGAAGUGGAGAUGCUUCUAUCAACUGAUUCAACUCCUUUUCCUAGAUACCAACUCCGGCGAACAAGCUCAGCACCGUUCUAGCAUCUGUUAAUAUUUGAUAGUGAAAACAAAAUUCUUCAUUAAAAAAUUU